AAACCACUUGAAACUAAAGAUGGAUCCACAAAUUUCCAGCAGAAACGACAUGGCUGCUUCUAGGUUCGUAGAAGUGAACCCGUCUAUGCUGGAGGAAACAUACGAGGGAUCGGAUUUGCACGUAGCCACAAGGCUUGGGUAUGUGGUACUCGCAAAGAAGAUAAUUGAGCUCUACCCUUCCCAAAUCAGAUCCACUAACUCAAAGGGUGACACUCCUCUUCAUAUUGCUGCUAGCUUGGGACACACAAGCAUCUUGGUCAUGAUGUUAAUGUCCACGCAAUUGCAUAACCCCUGCGAGAUACAAACCCAAAAUGGUCUAAAACCUGCAGAAAUGAUGAAUAAUGAUGGCUUGACACCUUUGCAUUGUGCGGCAAAGAAUGGUUCAGUGAAAAUCCUUAGGGAAUUUCUCGAUAAGGCUCCCUCUUCUUUCAACUUAGUCACACGAGGAAACAAAGAAACUGUCUUUCACAUAGCUGCGAAACACAAGAACAACGAAGCCUUCAUCUUCAUGGCAAAUAAUGCUAAGUUAGGCCAACUUCUCCACGAGCUGGAUGCAAAUGGCAACACUGUUCUUCACGUUGCCGUCUCCGUAGGCUCUGUUGUCCUGGUAAAUUACUUAAUCAAUGAAACAAAAAUAGAUGUCAUCACACAGAACAAAAGGGGUUUUGCAGCGGUUGACCUACUCAAAGAAAAUGAUGAUAAUUACCUUCCACUAUAUACAGCAAUGUGUAAUUCCAAAACAACUAAACACCCUUCAAGUAUUAAAGAGGUGAUGAAUUUCGAAGCCCAAGUAUUCAGUGAGUUAAAGAAGAUGCAGAACCAAAUAGUAAGAGUUCAAAGUAGGGAGAGUAAAAACAACGAAUUUGAGAUGCAAUCAGAGGCUUUGCAGAACUCUAGAAACACAAUCACAAUUGUCGCCGUCCUAAUUGCAUCGGUUACUUUCACAUGCGGUAUAAACCCACCUGGUGGGCUGUACCAAGAUGGACCCUACAUGGGGAAAUCAACCGCAGGAAGAACCCUAGCUUUCAAGAUCUUCUCUAUAAGCAACACCAUCGCGUUGUUUACAUCAGUGUGUAUGGUCAUUCUUCUCGUCAGCGUUAUGCCUUGCAGGACGAAUUCACUUAAGAAAUUAUUGAUUUUAACAUAUAGGAUGAUGUGGGUGGCUAUAGCAGCCAUGGCAAUUGCUUAUGUCGCUGCCACAUGGGUCACGCUACCACAUCUUGAAGAAACCAAAUGGUUAGUCUAUGCCACUCUUGCUAUCGCUAGCAUGACGGUCGUAGUGGCCGAUCUAGAAACAUGACUUGUUACUGUUGUUGCCGCUCAUUUUGGUUUAUUUUUGAUAAUCACAAUUUUUAAGAUUAAUCUACUUUACUUUCGGACAGGAGGUGUUACAUGUGAUUUUAUAGCUGUAGAUGUGAUGCCAAACGAUUUGUUAGAUGAAUUAAAAUCUUAGUUCAAUU